AUGGCUGGCCCUAACGUUCUUACCUUCGAUGCUGAGGGACGUGCAAUUGACUUCAAUGUCUGGGUAGAUAAUCUGCAGCUGUUUCUUCAGUGCGAUAGCAAGGACGGAGUCUCGCUUUUUUAUCUCACGUCUGGCGCCUCUGCUGCACCUGCUGCCGAUGCUGACAGUACAGUUUGCUCGCAGUGGACUACUCGUGACGCUGUUGCUCGCCUUGCUGUUCGUAGUCUCCUGCCUUCUGCUGAGCGCGCGCACUUUGGCCAGUACAAGACUGCUAAGUCUUUGUAUGACGCUGUCGUAGCGCACUACUCCUCCCCUGCCAUUGCUACCCUCAGCCGCCUCAUGCUACCGUACCUAUUCCCUGACCUGGCCGGCUUUGCCACAGUCGCUGACCUCAUUACUCACCUCCGCACUAGUGACGCCCGCUACCGCGCUGCGCUUCCCUCCGAGGACCACUUUCUCUCUAUGUGCCCCACUGCAGCUGAGAAGAGUAUAGUUGCUGUAGGUGCUUCUCGCGGCAACCUUCGCGCCCCGUUCUUUGAGGGGUGUUCCCCCGUUCCCCUUCUGCCCUCUGUUGCUUCUACUUCUAUUGUCAACCUCCUUGGCACGGAGGAGGUCGGGGCUGCGUCUGCUCCUAGUGGGAGGCGCCGCAGCGGCAGGGGCAAGGGGGGCAAGGGUGGUGGAUGA